AUGACCGUGCUUGGCUCAUUAAGUACCUUAGGUAUCAAGACAAAAAUAGGGCUAGGCAUUCUUUCGCUUUACACGUCAUAUGAAGUCUACAUGCAAGUACGAACGCACUACAUCAUCAAAUCCCGCAGAGAUGAAUAUCACAAGAUCAUGAAGAGCCAGGGUUUGGGUGCAGACUUGGACUACUCUAAAUUCAAAUCGGCAACAGUAGCAGGAAUGUUUGUUAACCCAUUUGAAGAAUAUAGACCACAAACUGUUUUUGAAUUCAUCCUCGUGAGGAUAAUGGAAUUGUUUGAGCUGAUAUAUGGUAGUACUAUUGAGGUGCACAAGAAACUACCACAACCUCAUGAUGGAGCUGUGGAAGUUGAAGAUGAACUAAAAAGUCACAAACCAGAUUUGAACAAGUAUAGAUCCAAUUCAAAGAUUUUACAAGAAUGUUUAAAGAGUAACAAUUUCGAUGCAUUAUUUAUAAAAAGCAAGCAGCAAGGUUGGUUUUUCAAAUCGUUGUCUUCAACCACUUUGGUGGAUUGUGCAUUGCGAGAUCAAUUACUAUUUACAUGGAUUGGUCAAUCGUGUGCCUUUUUCCAAAUAAGCGGAAUUAAUUUCCUUACCGACCCGCUCAUCAGUGAUCAUCUAUUUACACCUUCCUUGGGUCCUAAACGACUUAAUAAAGCACCUAUGACUUUGGAAGAUAUAAAGUACGCGACAAACAAUAACCUCAAUUUUGUAUUAGUUUCGCAUGACCAUCCUGACCAUCUUGAGAUGGACUUGGUGUCCCAAAUUCGAAAUGAGAGUUAUUGGAUUGUACCUAUGGGUCUUAAGAAACGACUAGCCAGAAAAGGUAUCUAUAAGGUGGUGGAACUAGACUGGUGGGACACGUUGGAUAUCACGAGGUACAUUACAAGCGACACGACAAAUUUUCCUGAUAAAUACGAGAUUGUGUGUGUUCCCUCGAUGCAUUGGUCCGGCCGUCACAUUAUCGAUGCAAACCAAUCCCUUUGGUGUUCAUACAUUCUUCGACGCAAUGGCGAGUCCAUAUUGUACCAUGCUGGAGACACCGGUUACCUGAAAGAAUUGUUUGAUGUGAUUGGUCGCAAAUAUGGACCCGUGACAUUAGCCCUUUUACCCAUUGGACAAUAUUGUCCCAGCUGGCAUCAGAAACCUCGUCAUAUUUCACCUGCAGAGUCUUUGGAAAUAUGUAGACAAGUUUCGGCCAAGUUUAUGAAGGGUGUUCAUUGGGGCACGUUUAAACUUAGUGGAGAACCCAUUUUGGAGCCCAAGAAUAUAUUGAACAGUUUGGCCAAGUCAAUCAAUAAAUCUAGGGAGUAUAGAGUGCCCGAGUUUGGAUUAACUUAUCUAUACGAUCUUCAGAGUAGUAAAGAAAUAGAAUUGCAUGGAUAA